AUGGAAUUCUACAUCUAUACUGGCGACUCAGAGCAGUCCAAGGGCAAGCCAAAGGCACGCAAAGUUACGCAAGCCACCUCAUCUCUCCGCAGCCCUGCUGUAGCAGCGGCGAAUCGUCUACGACAUGGCUAUAUAAGCAAGCGAGGAAACACAAGAUACAUUGACCCGGAUGUGGAGACAAAACAGGUGAAUGCGUAUUGUGCUACUGAAAAAUACAACCUCUCCGUCGUUGUGAGGCUACUUCAGAGGGAAGGAUACACUCUCGAUCCCUACCAAACAGGACUCCACAGAGAAGUCGUGCACUUUCGCAUGACAUAUUUCUUGUCGCACGUGCCUGGUGAAAGUGGCAAGGAACCGACUGAUAUUGGUGAUGUUUUCAUCUUUCCCUCCGGUACAGUCGUCACCUGGAACAUCCCUACUCGCGAGGGCCGAUUGUUCGUCGAAUCCAAGCUCUCCUCGGCCAUAGACAAGAGACUCCCGUCCGUACCCAUGGAGACUGAAGAGUUCAAUUAUCUCGAAGACCCCAGCCGCGAAAAUAGCACUAUUGUCGGCGACACCAUACUUCUCGGCACGAAACCACCAGCCCAACCUGCUGACACUCCACUGAGCGCCGACGAGAUUGCCCUCGCAAGCGAAACUGACACCACGCUCGCCAAGAUCGCAUACUCGUCUGGUCUUGCGCGUUCGACUAAGCUUGCCGUGCUGGAGAAUCAGCUUGACACUGCGUUUGACGAUACCCGGCCCAUCAUUGCAAAAUUGUCGGAAGGAACUAAAUUACCUUUCACGCGCAAGUUCAUCAUCGCCAAGAUUGGCGACAUUCUCAAUCUGCGUGCGCAACUGAAUCUAUACUCGGACUUGACAGAUCCUCUCCCCGACUACUUCUGGGAUAGUCGACAUGAUCUAGGACUCGAGCGGUACUAUCAUGACAUUGGACACGCACUGGACAUCAAUGAUCGCAUCGAGCUGCUGAACAAAAAGAUCAACUACACGCAAGAAAUUGCUGGAAUCUUGCGAGAGCAACUGAGCGAGAGACAUGGCAUACGUCUGGAGUGGACGAUAAUCAUCCUGAUUACCAUUGAAGUAUUCUUCGAGCUGUACAGAAUGUACAAGGAAUAUAGGGAGAGUCAUGACCUAAAGAGUACAGAAAACAUGCUGCGAAGAUAUCUGGAGACUGCUGGAGACGGACUGGACGAGUGGGAGAAGAAUGGCAGAAUCAACUGA